AUGGCUGUGGGUGACAGUGAAGUGGUUGAUAAUAUGUAUGAGACAGAUCCAGAGCCACCAGCUGGAGAGAGUGGAGGAGAAGAAACAGAAGAGAGUAUCAUGUCCCCGAUUCCUGUGGGCCCACCAUCUCCACUUCCCACCAGCAAUGAAUUUACCCCAAAAGAAGGAUCCCCGUAUGAAGCACCUGUCUACAUUCCUGAAGACAUUCCAAUCCCGCCUGACUUCGAGCUGAGGGAGUCUUCAAUUCCUGGAGCUGGAUUAGGGAUUUGGGCCAAGAAGAAGCAUGAAGUAGGAGACAAAUUUGGUCCUUAUGCAGGAGUUCAGAGGGUGACACUAAAGGAUCCAAACUUUGGAUGGGAGACCUUGAGUGACACUAACUUAAUCAGCCAUGAGUCAUGCAUGAAGAGGAAUAUUGUUGAUGAGCUGGGGAAUGUAAAAUUCUGCAUUGAUGCAAACCAGCCUGGAAGCGGGAACUGGCUAAAGUACAUACGUUCAGCACACUCCUACAACCAGCAAAAUUUAGUAGCAUGUCAGAUUAAUGACCAGAUUUACUAUAAAGUAAUUAAAGAGGUUAAAUCGGGUGAUGAACUUCUUGUUUUUAUGAAGGACGGCGUCUAUCCUGAUGGGACAAUGCCACCAAACCUAGAUGAGGAGCAGAGGUACCGCUGUGGGGACUGUGACGAGCUGUUCCGCUCGAAGGUGGCACUGCGGCGGCACCAGGCAUAUGCUUGCAACAACGUCAAUGCCAUCUUCACCACCAUCAACGAAGAGUUCAAGCAGAGUCAGCUGGAUGACGGGCAGCUCCACGAGUGCAAGGACUGUGACCGUAUAUUCCCCAAUGAAUACAGCCUAGAACAACAUAUGAUAAUUCACAGUGAGGAACGUGAAUAUAAGUGUGAUCAAUGUCCAAAGGCCUUCAAUUGGAAGUCCAAUCUGAUACGCCAUCAAAUGUCACAUGACAGUGGAAAACGCUUUGAAUGUGAAAAUUGUGAUAAGGUCUUCACUGAUCCAAGCAACCUCCAGCGGCACAUCAGGUCUCAGCAUGUGGGAGCCCGGGCGCACGCUUGCCCUGACUGUGGAAAAACCUUUGCCACGUCAUCUGGACUAAAACAGCACAAGCACAUACACAGCAGCGUUAAGCCUUUCACCUGUGAGGUCUGUCACAAAUCAUACACUCAGUUCUCCAACCUUUGCCGACAUAAAAGAAUGCAUGCUGAUUGUCGGACACAGAUAAAGUGCAAAGACUGUGGCCAGAUGUUCAGCACAACCUCCUCAUUGAACAAGCACCGUAGGUUUUGUGAGGGCAAGAACCAUUAUAAUCCCAGUUCAAUGUUUCCUCAAGGUCUGCCACUCACUCCCAGUGCCAUGCUGGACAAAUCAAAGCCUACAUCCUCUCUUAACCAUACUUCCCUGGGGUUUAAUGAUUAUUUUCCCUCACGCCAACACCCAACGGGAUUGCCCUUCUCGCCAACAGCCACAUUUCCAGCUCUAGCUCCAGGCUUUCCUGGCCUUUUCCCCCAUUCGUUGUAUCCCAGAGCUCCUGUAUUGCCAAGCAAUGCAUUGUUAAAAGGCUGCUUAAAUCACGAUAUUGAUGGAAGUGUCCAGAGCCCCAUGGGAAAUCCCUCUGUAUCACAAGCAUCUUCCCUGGUGUCAACAUUCAACGACAGAGAUACCCCUUUAGAAGGAAAAAACAACAUUCGAUCUGAAAAUUGUUUCACAGAGAAAAACAAAGUAAAAAACACUGACUUAUCAGAAGGUAGUGACUUUGAAGACAUCAACACAACAAGUGGGACUGACCUGGAAACAACCACAGGCACUGGGUCUGAUUUGGACAGUGAUGUAGAGAGUGAUGGAGAUAAAAGGAAGGAAAAGGCCAAUCUGUCAGCCAAAGGAACUGAUAAAGUCACUUCAGUCUCCAUCAACUCGAACAACGAAAUUGAUGAACGGACACAGUAUCUUCCAUCCCAACAUUCCUUCUUUCCUCCUCCCGAUGAACAGACCCUUCCGACCAGUGCGGCUAACGAUUCCAUUAAAGCUAUUGCUUCCAUUGCAGAGAAGUACUUUGGCACUGGUUUCAUGGGAAUGCAAGAGAAGAAAAUGGGAUCACUUCCAUACCACACUAUGUUUCCCUUCCAGCUCUUCCCAAACUUCCCACAUUCCAUAUAUCCUUUCACGGACCGAAAUCUCAAUCCUAAUCUAUUGGUGAAAAAUGAGCCAAAGUCACCCAGGGAGCACCAGAAAAGUGGGAAUGCAAGCUCUGAGUCACCCUUUGACCUUACCACGAAACGGAAAGAAGCAAAGCCCCUCCCUGCAUCCAAGCUCAUGGUGUCCUCACUUUCUGGAGAGGAGCAGCCACUGGACCUGAGUAUAAGUAGUCGCAGCCGGGUCAGUCAAAAUGGCCCUGGAGAGCCCAGGAAGAACCACGUGUUUGGUGAACGCAAAAUGAUGAUCAAUGACGAGCUACCCAAGGUGCCGCACCAGCAACCCUUUCAUUAUGCAAAGCCAUCACCCUUUUUCAUGGAUCCCAUCUACAGGGUGGAGAAAAGGAAAAUGAUGGAUCCCCUGAACUCAUUGAAGGAGAAAUAUCUGCGCCCAAACCCACUUCUGUUCCACCCUCAGAUGGCUGCCAUGGAGACUAUGACAGAAAAGCUGGAGAGUUUUGGUACAUUGAAAAUGGACACCAUGGGUGCUCUGCAACCUUCUCCCCACCAUGGCUUCAGCUUCCGAUCGCCCCCAUCCACGCUGUCUGAUGCCAUACUCCGCAAAGGAAAGGAGCGUUACACAUGCAGGUACUGUGGGAAGAUCUUUCCAAGAUCAGCAAAUCUUACUCGGCAUCUCAGAACGCACACAGGAGAGCAGCCUUACAGGUGUAAGUACUGUGAUAGGUCAUUCAGCAUCUCCUCAAACCUGCAAAGGCACGUUCGCAACAUCCACAACAAAGAAAAGCCAUUCAAAUGUCAUUUGUGCAACCGCUGCUUUGGGCAGCAGACCAACCUUGAUCGCCACCUCAAAAAGCAUGAGAAUGAGAGCAUUCCAGUGAGCCAACAUUCUGGGGUCUCAUCCAAUCACCUGGGCACCAGUGCAUCUUCCCCCAACUCCGAGUUAGACAAUACUGCACUUUUGGAAGAGAAGGAGGAAUCAUACUUCUCUGAAAUCCGGAAUUUCAUUGGAAACAAUGAUCUCAGCCAGGCAUCCAGUUCAGCAGACAAAAGGCAUGAGGUGCAAAGUGGUCACCAGCAGGCAGGUCACCCAUUGACCAAUCAGAAAACAGAAGAGGCUGAUGAUGAGGAUGAAGAGGAGGAGCUUGAGGAAGAAGAUGAAGAGGAGGAUGAGAGCAUGACAGAAAAAUCCCAGGAUGACCCAGUUUCGCCGAAGAUUGAUCCCAGAGCUUCAUUCAGAGAAAGUGAAGAGGAGCGCCCUGCCCCACUCACCUUGGGGUAUGAGCAGACUCACAGGUGUAUUGCUGAGGAUGAAGUUGGGCUGCUGGCCUUGGACCAGAUAGCGAAUUUCACAAAAGGGCUGGACCUGCGUAAAGCAGCAGAGGAGCAGUACAAGGUGAAAGAGGCUACAGUGUUUAAUUCCACCUUAGACUCCGAAGCAAUAAAAGAGACACUGUACAGGCAGGCUAAAACUCAGACUUAUGCCAUGAUGCUCUCAUUCUCUGAGAAUACUUCUCUCCAUCCAUCAUCCCAGAACUCUCUGGAUGCUUGGCUGAACAUAGCAGGAGCUACACCAGAGCCGGGGACCUUUCACCCAAUCAACCAUGUCUGAGAGAGAGAGAGAGAGCGAGAGAGAGAGAGAGAGCGAGUGAGAGAGAGAGCGAGCAAAGCGAGAUAUGGCCCUGAUGUAUUUGGGAAGGACAGUAAUGAUGGGUGGCAGCUGUGGUGGCUCAGGAGCUGGGGGAUAUCAGGGCAAAGCUACUAAAAACUGUUACCCCCGAUCUCCUCCCCAGCACUGUCUGUCAAGCUAAGGAGGCCUUACAAAACUUCCUUUCUUUUGGUCACAACUGAAUUAUGUUGCUGACCUUAAAUUCCAUGAGAUAUUUAUUCCUGUUACAUAAUAUUUUUGCACAGAUAUACCAUUGGGGCUUCAGCUUAAAAAAAAUUUAAAAAUUGUUAAAUACAAAGGGGCUAGUCAAGCUGCAGGAAGACAGAUGUAGGUCCCAUAAGAAAGUAAGCCUGCUUGUUCAUCCUUGCUUUUACAUCAUCCUGUACUAUUAUAAUUUUAAGUUAUUUGAGAAAUAAGCAGGGCAGGCAAUUUUGCAAUAAUUAACCUGUAUAUAUUAGCCUGCAUUCUCUCACUCUCCCUCCCCCACUGCAUC